GGUGGGACGAGCAGAUGUAACGCAGUCGCUGUGUUUUGAAGAAAGAAAGGAGGGCCACAUUUUUCUAUUUAUAGCGAUCGGCUGACAGCACUUUGUUUACGGAUACUGGGAGCAGCUUCCAUAAGAAGAGAGAAUCUCCUCUCAGCCAUCUUGAGUGCUGCUCGCCACCCUGAAGGCUGUUUUGUCCUCUCCUCCUCCUCCUCCUCCUCAGCCGAAAGUAAACAAGGCUUGCACAUUGCUUGCAACUCUGUGCAAGAUCCUGAGAGAAGCGAGAUGGGUUCACAGCGCAACAUCUAGUCGUACCAGAGACAAAAGCAGACAGUUCAGAGGAUUUAUUGUUGUUUAUACAAUUGCAGAUGAGGGGGAUACCACACGCUGGAGAGAUGGACCUGCUUGGGAUUUACCUGUUCCUCUCAGUCGCUCUCCUACCCCGAUCCAGCUGCACCACGGCCAAGGAGAUCACCUGCCAAGAGAUAACCGUGCCCCUGUGUAAGGGGAUCGGCUACAACUAUACCUACAUGCCUAAUCAGUUUAACCACGAUACGCAGGACGAGGCGGGACUGGAGGUGCACCAGUUCUGGCCUCUGGUUGAGAUCCAGUGUUCACCGGACCUGAAGUUCUUUCUGUGCAGCAUGUACACACCGAUCUGCCUGGAAGACUACAAAAAACCCCUCCCGCCGUGCCGGAGCGUGUGUGAGAGAGCCCGGACUGGCUGUGCUCCUCUCAUGAGGCAGUACGGCUUUCCCUGGCCGGACAGGAUGAAGUGUGACUUGCUGCCGGUGCAAGGCAACCCUGACACGCUGUGCAUGGACUACAACAGGACCGACUCCACAACAGUCUCCCCUGUCCUCUCAAAACCCACCAGCCAUCCCGGUAAGGGUUACAAUCCACCUAAAAAUAAGCCCAGCAGACCCGGCGUGCCUGGGAAAUACAAGCCGCCGGGUGCUCCGUGUGAGCCCGGAUGCAAGUGUCUGGAGCCCAUGGUACCAGUGAACACAGGCCGGCACCCCCUGUACAACCGUGUCAAAACGGGACAGAUUACUAACUGCGCCAUGCCGUGCCACAACCCCUAUUUUACGCACAAUGAGAGAGCUUUCACCGCCUUUUGGAUUGGACUUUGGUCAGUGUUGUGUUUUGUGUCAACUUUUGCCACCGUUGCCACUUUCCUCAUCGACAUGGAGCGCUUCAAAUAUCCAGAGAGACCCAUAAUCUUCCUCUCAGCCUGUUACAUGUUUGUUUCAAUCGGCUACAUUGUCAGACUAGUCGCUGGACACGAGAAAGUGGCGUGCAACCGGGAGUUUGACCUGGAGCACAUUCACUAUGAGACCACCGGCCCAGCACUCUGCACUGUAGUCUUCCUCUUAAUUUACUUUUUCGGCAUGGCCAGCUCUAUCUGGUGGGUCAUCCUGUCUCUGACCUGGUUUCUUGCAGCUGGGAUGAAAUGGGGCAACGAGGCGAUCGCCAGUUACUCCCAAUACUUCCACCUGGCCGCCUGGCUCAUCCCCAGCAUGAAGUCCAUUGUGGUUCUGGCGCUGAGCUCUGUGGAUGGAGACUCUGUGGCAGGCAUCUGCUACGUGGGGAACCAAAACCUUGACAACCUGCGAGGCUUUGUUCUGGCCCCUUUGGUGAUUUAUUUAUUCAUAGGCACUAUGUUUCUCCUGGCCGGAUUUGUGUCUCUGUUCAGGAUCCGCAGCGUCAUAAAACAAGGUGGCACAAAAACGGACAAACUAGAGAAGCUGAUGAUUAGAAUAGGCAUCUUCACAGUGCUCUAUACCGUGCCAGCAACGAUUAUAGUCGCCUGUUACUUUUACGAGCAGCACAACAGGCAGAGCUGGGAGAUCACACACAACUGCUCCAACUGUUUAUUAGAGCGGGACCGUCGGAGCCCGGACUACGCAGUUUUUAUGCUCAAGUACUUUAUGUGCCUUCUAGUAGGCAUCACGUCCGGAGUUUGGAUCUGGUCUGGUAAAACCCUGGACUCUUGGAGGACUUUCUGCACCAGGUGCUGCUGGGGCAGUAAAGGCACCAGCGGCUCUAUGUACAGCGACGUGAGCACCGGACUGACGUGGAGGUCAGGCACGGCCAGCUCCGUGUCUUGCCCUAAGCAGAUGCCAUUGUCCCAGGUUUGAAUGAGAAAACAAAAGCAGCUUAUGAAGACUGCUAAUUAUUUGGGGGAUAACCCAUUACCCUCUGUCUUAAGCAAUUUGCAUAGUAAUGAACUACUGCUGAGGCAUCCCCCUCCUUUACUCCCAAACAUUUACACACACCUCUAUGAGGAGAACUGGUUGAAACAGUGCACCUGGCAUUCACACAGGUAACUUCCUCACUCUUUAGGUACAGGUAUUGGGGCUUUUAAAAGAAACUGGGCAUUAGCUACUUGUAGGUAGAGAGAGUUUUAAUUGCAAAAAGCAUUUGGGUUUUUUAAUUAUCAUUUUUUCUACAUAGUGCCAGAUAACGUUGUAUACUUCAGUCACAUCAAAGAUAGUUCAAAAUAAGCCUAAAUAGUGCCUAAGUAUUUUACGGGUCAUUCAUUUUGUAAUUUCAAAUGUAUUUAUAAAGCAUAUGUAAAAACGUGUAUUUGUGCAUAAAGAGGUUUAUAAGUUAAUUGUAAAUUUGUACAAAGUAUAGAUC